GAAAUAAACUGUUGGCAUUGCUUCUCCUGUAGCUGCUACUCUGAAACCUACACACACCUUGUUUUUUCUCUUACACCUCUCCCUUGGAUCCAUUCAAAAUACAGACUGCUCUGUCUUCCCUUCUUCAUUGCUUUCCACCGCAGCCUUUUCUCCACUGAGACCCUGAAAAAGCAAGGGGCUAAUGCUUUAUUAUCUUUCUCCAUCUCUUUCCUCAGGAAAAAAGAGCCCGGACCUUGGGGAAUACGAUCCCCUCACUCAGGCCGAUAGUGAUGAAAGUGAAGAUGACCUGGUGCUCAAUAUACAGAAGAACGGGGGGGUCAAGAACGGAAAGAGCCCCCCCGAGGAAAUGCAGGACCCUGACUCCGAUGUGGAGGUUGGGAUGACAAAGCAGCACACAUCAGAGAGCGCGCCUGAGGGUUAUCCUGCAGAGGCAGCCGGGAGUUUGGAGCAGAAGGCUGCUCCCUCCCUCAUGUCUUAUCUGCGCACAGCAGUCUUUUUGCUCACUGUGGUGAUCUCGAUGAUUCUGGUGUUGGUGUGUGCGUUUCUAAUUCCAUGUCCCCCUAGAGACUUGCAUAACACCUGGAACCACAACCUAGGUCAGGGAGCAGGUGGUGUGUUGUCCCCACUGGAGCUGUGUGAUGUCAAUGGCGAUGGGCUCCCUGACAUCCUCAUUGUCUUCACAGCCUUGAUGAAUGCUAGUGUCAUGGGUGUCUCUAGACCUUCAGUAACUGUGAUGGCCCUUUCUGGUAUGAACGGCAGCACCCUGUGGUCCAUCCACCUUCCCGAGGAGACUCUGAGUGUGCAAUGCAAAGGGCUGUCACUGGGAGCACCCGCAGAGCCUGUCUGCCUUGUGACGGGAGCGUCUAAACUCCUCACCCUUCUCAGUGCCUCCACAGGCAAGACCAUCUGGACGCUGAACUCCAUCCACCUUUCAAAUGGGAUCCUCGCUGCACCAGCUGCCACUCUUCCGGAUGUAGAUGGAGAUGGGGUUGGGGAUAUUGUUGUUCUGGCCCUCAAAGAGACACAGCCCGAUGUGUUUUUUAUCUUGGUGUCGGGAAAGACUGGGACUGCUUUGGGUGGGCCUGUGAAGUACAGCACCAAUGGAGAAGGGAAAGUGAUUGGUCCCCAAGUCCACAUCACCAGCCGGGGAGCUAUUUACAUCCUAUUUGGUUUUGGUAAUGUUCAAGCAGUUGCCCUGAGGGAUAUCUUUACCCAAGCCAGAAACCGGGACAGCUUCCCCGCAAUGCUGCAGCAGGAGGAGCCAGAGUGGGAAAAGCGCAGAUCUGUCAACCUGUCAGAGCUCAUUGACAUUUACAGUGGGGGUGUUGACUUCCUGCAGACAACGAAGGCAUCUGACACAAACUGCAGCAACCUGCUUAUCACCACCAAAGAUGGCCUGAUCCUGCUGCGGGGACAGGACCUGGAGCCCCACUGGACGGUGGAAAUGCAGAACAUUAGCAGCCAGCCUGCCCCGGGUUACUUCGGUACCGACCAAACCCUGGACUUCAUGCUACAAGCACAGACUGGAGAUGGGAAGAAAAAGGUGGUGGUGAUAGAUGGAAAAUCAGGCCUCCCUGUUUGGAAUCAAGAAUUCCCAUGGCAGAAGCAAGAUCUCGAUGCACUGUCAGUGAUGACUUUGAACAAGAAAUCUGUUUUUCUCUUCUGGGCUGAUGAAGCACAAUCUGUAUUACAAAGUUUGCAACCUGGUCCCAGAACUGAGCGCCCAAGGUUGCACCACCUCUAUCUCCUACAUCCGGUUUUUCCUACAGUCCUAUUGGACCUCACCAAUGCAACAGACAAAGUCAUUGCAUCAGCGGUUGGAAUUAAUGAUCUCCAGAAGGAUGCAUUUUACAUCACUGUGACAACAACUGCAACCUCUGAAAAACAGCCAGGAUUUUUCUCAGUCAGCAAGCUAGGCCUGAAGUGGGCCAUGAUGGCUCAAGGCCGAAUGGUAUGGUUAAAGGACAACGCCACCCCCAAAAUCAGCCGUGGGGAAGUGAGACGAUUUCUUGCCCGGCUGAAAUUUGUUGACUUUCCUCACAAGCUCUAGCCUGGUGAUUCCUCAGGUUUCAGCUGGACAUGUGGCCUGCAUGGUGGAAUAGAGGAAGCUGCUCCGUGGGUCUUCAUGAAAACUGCUGUGUAGAGGGAAUGGGGGCUAAAAGCACUUCCACUUUCUUCAGCUCUCUGGGGAAUGCUGAUGGGGGCAGAUUUGUCCUAGGCAGACCUGUCCUUUACCAGAGGAACCUUGUUCAGCAUCUCCCCCUCUGUAUGCCCUUCUUGCAUGCUCCCUUCCAGGUAACAUGGAAAUGUGAAUUUAGAAUUUAUAUAUAUGUAUACACAUAUAUACACACACAUAUAUAUAUAUAUAUAAAAGAACAGUUUGUAUAUGUGUGUGUAUAUAUGUAUAUAACAAUUUAUACAAUAUAUGUAUAUUUUUUGUAUGUUUAAUUUAUGAACAAGAUUUAGGAAACUCCUUUUUAUGUCCAAACAGUAUUCCCUGGCAGUCAAAUAAGCUCUAGGCCUGAAGUGGGCCAUGAUGGCUCAAGGCAGAUGGUAUGGCUAAAGGACACCGCCUGCUUUAAUCUUUAUAUUGUUUGAGAGAAGCCUCUACCUGGCCGCUGCAGGGCUCAUCUUGUCCACAGCCUCUUCUGAGCGCUCAUCCCUCUUCUCCAUUCUGUUCCCAAAUUCACAAACUAGCUAGCUCUCUGGCUGAGUUAUCUGAUCUAGGAAAGAAGGUCACCACACCAUUUCCCAGGCCUUGCACUUGUGUAUUUCUCUUCCCAGUCCCAAGUUCAAGACACGUUCAUGUGGGUGAUGUAGAAGCAAAGGUUCACAUCUCAUUUCUAUCUCCUCUUCUUCCACCCCUAAGCUUUUUAUGAGCCCAGAGUGUCAGUGUAACAUCACACUGCCUCUCUCCCACUGCAGCCCAGUGGGCUGAGUCCCCCUUUGCAAUGCACCGUAGCCCUUUUCUGCUAGAUUCCCAGCAGAUCCCAGCUAGUGAGUGUCGCACUUAAAAAAUCACACUAGAUCCAGGCACAGAAAGGCUGUUUCUUCUCACACCACUGCUUCAGGGUAUGGAGGCUCAAACAAAGAGGCAGAGCUGGAAAACUUUCCUGUACGUUUUGAUCCCAAAGUUAUACCAGCCUGAGGGAUUCCCUGCUGUAACAGUGAGGAACAACACUGCACAGACUAGCACUGGAAUAGUGGGCUUACUAUAGUAAGUGGGCACACUAUAGUGGGCUUAACUAUCAUUCCCCUACCAGCCUGGCCCGGUGUGCAGUUCCAGCAGGAACAGACUACCCUCAGGGCAUGUUUGCUCUUGAUAUGUUUUGUGCUUUGAACUGUGCCUCUUAGUGUGCUGUCAGUUUCCUGUGUUGUACUUGCAGAGCAUCUACAUGAAGUUUCUUGUAAUAGACAUGACCAUACAUAAACCAGGCACUCUGGUGCCCCAGUGGCUCCCCAUACUGCAGGGCAACACUAGAAAGUGCUUUCUCAAUAUGCCUUUCUAGGCCUGACCUUUUACAUUAGGCAGAGCCAGGCUGAGGUCAGGAUAGCAAACGGCUCUUCUGUCCUCCUGCUGACAUGACUCCCUUCCUGACUCUGUGCACGUCCCUGUGAGUAGUGAGGCAGGAUUGCAGGAUUUUGAGCUUCCCUGCAGAUGGGCAGAUCUACCAUGGGUUUGCUCUUUACACCUUUCCUUGCACCAUCACCUUCUCACUUCCCCCUCCCUGCAUCUCUGUAAAAAGCUUCCAGGGUAGCUCUUCAGGAUUAGCUGCAAGCCCUGAGGCUGGCCCUUGGGCCCUCUUAAAGCCAGAGCCUGUUAACAGUUUGUAUAUGUUUAAUGGUAUUUUUGUGUAAAUAGCUUUGUAUAUAUUAGCACUACUGUAGCAACGGCUCUUGGCCUGUGACUUUCCUCCAGACAGGGGUAGUGUGUAUAAUAUACAGUCAGUUAAUACAGCUGCAUAAUGCAGACUGAAAGCGUGAGGACCAGUAGCAUAGGAGGACUAAGCAGGAGUGCCUCUUCCCUCCUGUCUUAGCCACCACCUUGCUGGAAAAGGUGAGGCGGCAGUUACCUGAAGUAGCUAUUCUUCUGAGGUUCUUCCUGAGAGAACUGAUAUUCAAGUGCAGUGACUUCAGCUCCCCCAUAAUGUGAAUUCUGCCCCCACAUCCCCACUGUGAAUAAAGAGUCUGUCUGUAUAUUGUUGGGAAAACUUAUUUGAACUGUGAACUGCAGUGGAGCAAAUAAAUACUGUGUACAGCA